CUCUCGUCAUCCCACCGUGCGCCUCGUUCACUCAACAUGGCAACUCCUACUUGCCCCUCAUCUCAUCAGCUUCUUGACCCCGUAUCGACAGCCAAACUGGAAAUAGCACUUGGAGGCAUUUGCUACCUGUAGUGCUUGUGCGACUGGUUUUGCGCUCUUAUCCAUCCAGAUUUUCUGCUUUCCCGGUUUUUGGAGCGUCGCACGGCACGGCAGAAGAGGCUUGGGAGUCACAGCGUUGAGCGGGGCAUCCCCAAAGUGCAUCGCCACUCUUAAAUCUCAGACAUCCUACCUAAGAUUCCCAAGCUUGGGCGGAUCACUGUCACUGUUGCCCGGCUGAGCCUUGAAUACGAUCACAGCGGCGAGACAACAUGGCAAGCCGGCAGCUUCGCAAGCUCAGGAAGCAGCAAGAGCUGCUCAGUCCCCAGACCGAGGCUGGGGCUGCGGCCGGAAGCGACGAGUCGGACUAUGAGCCCGCCCCUGCGAAGCCCCGGGCGAACGUCUUUUCCGGCUUUGCGGCUCUUGGCGACCUCGGAGGCGACGGGGAAGAUGACGACCAGAUCAGCGAGGAAGAUGUAGCCGAGCCUCAAAAGGCUGCUGACACCAACCAAGGACCCGCAAGUGGCCAGGUCGAUGAACAAGCCCCGCCCAAGAGGAGCAAAAAGCCCAAGAAGAAGAAGAAAAAGGGAAAGAAGCCGGAUUCGCUCGCGCCAGCCAAAGAAGAGAAUGAAUCCGUAGACGAAAUCGACCGAGUGCUUGAGGAGCUCAAGCUGGAAAAGCCUGCACAGACAGCGUCUACUAGCAGCGCGUCGACUGCCGCCGCCGCCUCGACCACUCAACUUUUCGAUCUCCUGGGCGUAAGCUUCCACCAUCUGAAAGCUGCCAACGAGAUGCGCAAGCUCUUUGGAAAGUCGAUGGAGGCGGCCAGCUCCGAGGACAGUCCUAGGCUAGCUCGGCCACGCGGCGGACAACGAGAAGUUGACCUUGAGACCUUUCUUGCCGCACAGCCAGCUAUACCAGGCCAGCCGGGGAAAACUAGCAUGUUUGACACAGUCCUGCGAACCAACCCGUUCAUAGAAGGCAAGAAGACGUGGCCUAGGGAUUCGACACACGGGCUUAAGAUGAUCCGUAUAGGCGACGCCGACGACAUUGGCGCCGUCGAGUUUGCAUUUUCCCACGACGAUAACUACGAGGCCCUGGACGUCGCCUUCUUCGGCCUGGUCGGCAUGUACGACCCCAUGCAGAUUGUCUAUUUCCUCAACCGCUAUCCAUACCACAUCUCGUCCCUCAUCCAAGUCAGCAAGGUGGCAAAGCAAGACCAAAACUCUGCUCUUGCCGCUGACCUCAUUGAGCGGGCUCUCUUCACGUUUGGCAGAGUAGGCCUCAGCGAUUUUCGCAAGAAGUUGGAGCAGGGGAGAGUCAAGAUGGACUUUGCCCGGCCCGAGAAUCGACAGUUUUUCCUUGCUGGAUCUAAUCAGGUCCGAAAUCUGGUCUUGAAAGGCACCUUCCGGACCGCGUUGGAAUGGGCAAAGCUCUUCCUGGCUAUCAACCACGAUGACCCGUAUGGCAUGAUCAAUUGGGUUCAUGUGCUAGCUAUUCGCGCCUACGAGGCUCGGUGGUUCGUCCAACUAUGCGGCUCCAGGCUUUUCGACGAGACGAGUGGGGUCGCAAACAGCGUCUAUGCCAAACAAACUCUAGCGUUGGCGCAGCUACAGCUAAAAGAUCGAGAGGGAGCCAAGGCGACCCUGACUGCGGGGAUAGAGAGACUACCCUGGCUGUACUGCGCUCUAUUCACGGCUUUGGGCCUGGACACGCCGAAAUCGAUCUGGGCCGUCCAGCCCCGGAACAAGGACGAAGAACUGCACACUAAACUCUACAUUCACACGGCUAAGGAUUUGUGGAGCGGUCCAGAGGCGGUUUCCCUGCUUGCCGAAGCAGCCAACGCAGCGCGAAACAUCGAUUCAAAGUCCCUCCCUCCCGGGCCGAAUGUAUCCCUCGCGACGGCCCGAUUCAUCUACCUCGACAACACCCCCGAGCUAAUGUCGGCCGUGCCACGGGAUAUGCUUCAUACGUCCCCCAACUUCGACUUCGACCCUCUCCCGCCUCCAAAGGACGAGAAUAUAUUUUCCUCGUCUUCCCAGGAACGGCCAUGGGCGCUGACGGGACGCGAUCUGCUACGGGCUGUCAUGGGCAAUCGCAUAAUAGCGACCCCGGCUAACCAGCAAGACGGGCCCGGGAUAGCAGACCUGCCAGGAUGGCCAGAGGCUGCCUGGCCCGUGGACGACAAUAGCGACUUGAGCAUUAGUGUUGGCAGUGACGAUGGCGGUGGCGACGACGACCGUGAUGCCAAUGAUGACGAGGACGUCGUGGUUCGCACUGUCCCGCGCGACGGCUUCAUGCAGCGCGCAGUUGAGACCUUGAUGGCCAACAUCUUUGGUGGCGGGGCCCGGGAGAAUGGCGACGACGACGAAGAUGAAGACGACACAAUGGCGCCUUUGUCUAUGCCGGGCGCAUGGUUUGAACCCGACGAGCACGGUGGUGCAGACAGGGAGGGUGGGGAUGGAGAGCACCGCACUUAGGGCUUUAGGCCCCGAGUUCCAGGGGGUUUGCUGAUGAUGUCAUUCUACGCAUUAUGUAUCAAAACUUGGAGUAGACGAGUUCAGAAUAGAGAGGGCUCUCUCUAUUGGUACAUUGUGAAUAUUAAAAUUUAGCAAGUUUACAACGGGCUUUGCCUGGGUAACUAGGCAGGUAUCAGUUUAUCCCCCUUUUCUCAGGUCUAGGUGGGCGUUUAUAGGAGGUAUGGCUUGAGAGUGUUGGGGCGGCCGGUG